ACCAGGAAUGUCACCAGUUUGUUAUAAGGAAGUGAGCUCGCAGAUCAUUGCCACUGCUGCAGAGGAAACUGUUUUGACAACAUGAGAGCGCUGGUUCUGCUGGUGUGUUUGUCAGUGUGCUGCCUGGCUCAAAGACCACAGCCGUGCGCAUCUCCACCACUGCUGACUGGAAGCCUUUCUGUGAUGACCCAAAGUGAGAAGCUGUCUGCCUUCGCUAAGUUCAGUUAUGAUGCACUGAGAAAGAUCAUCCACUUCAGAGAGUUUGGAUCUUACGACAACAAGACUUUUCACACUGAUGCCCUUCUACUCUUCAGACAGGGAGUGUUGUACAAGAUAAACUACAGGAACCACACAUGUUGCAAGAAGCGGCUGAAUACAAAGUUCCACCCAAUUGCAGUCCCAAGGAAUGCUUCCCUGCUGGGGCAGGCCGUGCUGGGCAGCUCCUCUGGUCCUGGGCAGGGACUUCUGGUCAACUCAUGGACCGGGGAGCUGCAGAUGAAGAAGGGGGGAACAGCAAAGUACUUGAGCACCACCACUGAGUUUGGAUGCAUCCCUGUCAGCACUCUGUUUCACACCGAUAGAAGUGGAUGGGUGGUGACCAGCUUUUUCAACAACGUCCUCGGAAUACCAAAUCCUCAAGAACUGAUCCCACCAUCUUUUUGUGUGGAUGCCCAGCUUGAGGAAGAGGACGGAGAGGAUCCAGUAACCUUUUUCAGCUUGUUUUAAAUGGCGACAGAAAUGCAGCGGUGUACGUCUUUUUGCACUAAAUCUUCACUCUUCACCUGAACUAAUUGAAAAGUUGAUCAAGUUUGUAAGUCAGGGAGAAAAUAAUCACACAUCUGGUGGAAGGUUAAUAUUCUUUAUAAGCCAUAAAUCUUUGUAUUUACUUUCAUUAAAAUAAACAAAGUGAAACAGA